GUAUGGCAUACGCCUUGUUAGCAGGUCUACCGUCCAUCCACGGUCUCUAUGUGUCCUUCUUCCCCCCGCUAGUUUACUUCUUCUUUGGGACGUCCAAACACACUUCUCUAGGUACAAUGGCGGUGGUUUGUCUCAUGGCCGGAGCGGUCGUUGACAGACAAACCGUAUCAUGGACACCUCCUAUUUCGUCUCUUGACAUCUUAAACGUUUCAAGCUUUGCCAAUGACACCCCAGUUUCUGGAAACAUCACAUGUGAUGCCGAUACCAACUCUAACCAAGAGUGCGUGGACUUCAAGAUAGGUGUAGCAACUGCUUUGGCCAUGUUGGUUGGAUUCUGGCAGUUGAUGAAGGGAAUUCUCCGUCUUGGCUUUAUCACCAACUACCUCUCCGACCCCCUAAUCAGUGGAUUUACCACGGGGGCGGCAUGUCACGUGUUCUCUUCGCAGAUAAAACAUGUCUUUGGACUCAGUAUUAAGGCAUCAGAAGUCACCAAUCCGUUUAAACUCGUCAAGUUUUACUUCCAAUUCUUCCAAAGUCUUCCACAGACUAAUCUUGCAGCUUUGACGACAUCUGUUAUAUGUAUUCUGGCUCUUGCACUUACCAAAGAAUGCAUCAAUGCCAGGUUCAAAUCUAAAAUGAAAAUGCCGGUGCCUAUUGAGCUGAUAGUGGUAAUCGUGUCAACAGUUGUAUGUUACUUUGCUAAACUAGACGAGGAAUUUAAGGUGACAGUGGUUGGGUACAUUCCUACAGGGAUUCCAGAGCCUACUCUGCCACCCGUGGAACAUUUCUCAAAUUUGAUAAUGGAUGCUUUUGGAGUGUCAAUUGUUGCAUUCACCAUAUCAGUGUCAAUGGCAAAGAUACUGGCCCAGCAACAGGCGUACACCAUCGAUGCUACCCAGGAACUUAUUGCCUAUGGUUUGAGUAAUGUGGUUGGUUCUGUUUUUUCCACAUUUCCGUGCUGUGUUUCUAUGUCAAGAAGUCUGGUUCAGGAGACAACUGGAGGAAAGACCCAGGUAGCAAGCUUGGUUUCCUGUUUAUUCAUAUUUAUUGUCAUACUAUUUGCUGGCUCACUUUUUAGGACACUUCCAAGAUGUGUUCUUGCUUCCAUCGUCAUCGUGGCACUGAAAGGCAUGUUCCUGCAGGUCAAAGAUCUCAACAGACUGUGGAGGAUUUCAAAAUUUGAUUUUGCUAUCUGGACUGUUACGUUUCUGGCCGUAGUGCUACUGAACGUGGACUGGGGUCUGAUCGUCGGAGUUGGAUUCUCUCUCGUGACUGUUGUGUUUAGAACUCAAUGGCCGAGGUCAUCUGUGCUAGGACGAUGCCCUAAUUCAGAAAUAUACGUUGAUACCAAAACCUAUAAGAAUACCAUACAAGACCCUGGAAUCAAGAUAUUCCGAUUUGAAUCUUCCCUGUACUACGCAAACGCUGAACGCUUCAGUCACAAGCUGUACUCAGCCACCGGAUGUGACCCUGGACUUUUGAUGACGUCACAGGACAGAGGUGAAGACAAGAGUGCAAAGGAGGGGGAAGAUGACCAGACACAACGUGGGUUAAAUCAGUUUAAUGCGUAUGUAAGGUUUUAUAAGAAGCUGUGGAUGACCAAAAAUAAGCGUAUGUAA